AUGCUAUAUUUUGAACCCAGCGAAAACAUUUUCUUUAUUUAUUAUUCUUCAAUCUAUUCAUUUGUAUUUCUUUCUCACUUUCUUUCGUUCGUUCGUUCGUUCGUUCGUUCUUUCUUUCUUUCUUUCUUUCUUUCUUUCUUUCUUUCUUUCUUUCUAUCUUUCUCUUCACAGUUUCUUUCUUUCUUUCUUUCUUUCUUUCUUUCUUUCUUUCUUUCUUUCUUUCUUCAAUCCUCUUCACAGUUUCUUUCUUUCUUCAGUCCGCAUAUUUUUCUUCCUUUUUUCUUUCUUUCUUCACUCACCACAUUUUAUUUUUUCUUUAGUUUGCACAUGUUUCUUUCUUUCUUUCUUUCUUUCUUUCUUUCUUUCUUUCUUUCUUUCUUUCUUUCUUCAUUUUCACGUUUUCUUUUCUUUCUUUAUUUACAUAUUUUCUUUUUUCUUUCAUUCUUCACAUUUUCUUCCUUUCUUUCUUCAUUUUCACGCUUCUUUUCUUUCUUUUGUCUACGCCUCUUUCUUUCUUUCUUUCUUUCUUUCUUUCUUUCUUUAGCCUGCACAUUUUCUUUCUUUCUUCAUUCUUCACGUUUUCUUUCUUUCUUUAACCUGCUCAUUUUUCUUUCUUUCUUUCUUUUUUCAAUGUUCUGCACAUUUUCUUUCUUUCUUUCUUUCUUUCUUUUUCUUUCUUUCUUUCUUUCUUUCUUGUUGUCUUUUCCUUCCUGUUCAUAUCACUUCUUGGCCUUUGAGUUUGUAUUUCUAUUUUCUUGUCUUUACAUCGCGUUCAUCUAUUUUUAUUUUUUUCUUUUGUUUCGAUUUUUUUCUUUGACUUUUUUCUCACUUUCUUUCUUUCCUUCUUUCUUUCUUCCGUUUCUUCUUUUAUUUCUUUCUGUUUUUCUUAGUCACCUCUCUUUUCUUUCUUUCUUAGUCACGUUUUUCUUACUUAAUCACUUUCUUUCUUUCUUCAUUCUUUCUUUUUUCUUUCUUUCUUAUUCUUUAUUUUCCUUCUUUUUCUUUCUUUUUCUCUUUCUUACUUUCUUUUUUCUUAAUUUUUGUCUUUCUUUUUUCAUUCUUAGUCGUUUUCCUUUCUUUCUUCCUUUCUUUCUAUCUUUCUUUCUUUUUGUAAGUUAUGUUUUAUUUUGUUUCUUAAGCAUGUUUCUUUUCUUUCAUACUCUCUUCUCACUUCCUAUCUUUUUCUUUCUUUCUUUCUUUCUUUCUUUCUUUCUUUUCUUUCUUUCUUUCUUUCUUUCUUUCUAA